CGCCGGCUCCUCCUUCCCCUCCCGGCUCAGCGGUCCCCCGCCCCCCGCCCGCAGCCGGGCGUCCCCUCCCCCACCGGCGGCUCCUCGGCGGCGACUGCGGAGGAUUCAGAGCCGAGUCGCUGAGGAGGAGGCUCUCCAGCCGCUGCGCGCCAUCCGCCACCCCGUUGGAUACGGGCGAGGGAGCGAGAGCGUCGCCGCCGUAGCCUCCCGCGAAGACAAGGGCAUCGCUCGCCGCCACAGCCGCCGCCGCCGUUUUCGCCUGCAGUCGCUCGCCGGAUCCUCAGUCUUCCACAAUGAACCCUGUUUACAGCCCCGUGCAGCCUGGGGCUCCUUAUGGCAACCCUAAGAACAUGGCCUACACGGGUUAUCCCACAGCCUACCCCGCCGCAGCCCCUGCCUACAAUCCCAGCCUGUACCCCACCAAUAGCCCCAGUUAUGCUCCAGCAACGCUGCUGAUGAAGCAGGCUUGGCCACAGAACUCGUCUUCCUGUGGCACCGAAGGCACCUUUCACCUCCCCGUGGACACCGGCGCCGAGAACCGAACUUACCAGGCCUCCUCUGCGGCUUUCAGAUACACUGCGGGGACACCAUACAAGGUCCCACCAACCCAGAGUAACACUGCUCCGCCCCCCUACUCCCCAUCCCCUAACCCCUACCAGACGGCCAUGUAUCCCAUCAGAAGUGCCUACCCCCAGCAGAAUCUGUAUGCCCAGGGAGCCUACUACACGCAACCGGUGUAUGCCGCCCAGCCCCACGUCAUCCACCACACCACCGUUGUCCAGCCCAACAGCAUCCCCUCCGCCAUCUACCCGGCGCCCGUGGCUGCCCCCAGGACCAAUGGCGUGGCCAUGGGCAUGGUGGCGGGCACCACCAUGGCGAUGUCUGCAGGUACCCUGCUGACUACACCCCAGCACACCGCCAUUGGGGCACACCCCAUCUCCAUGCCAACGUACAGGGCCCAAGGGACCCCUGCGUACAGCUAUGUGCCCCCGCACUGGUAAAGCCUGCAGCCCACCCAAGCCUGGAGUCACACCUUGUAUGCAACUACUCAAGUCUUACAGCGGUGCUGGAACAGUCCCCUAGCAGCACCGCCUCCACCCACAAGAAGAGACAACGGAAGUGCAAGGGUCACUUUAUGCAUCUUUAAUGGUUUUGGUUUUUAUUUUUGA